UAAAAAUGGGGAAUAGAUGUGAGGAAAUAUUACCUAAUAUGAUGAAAAAAUAGAUCAGUGCAGACAAAAACAAGGUUUAUUGCGCUCUUUUUUUAUCUUGCUUUUUUUUUUUUUUUUUUUAAAGAAGAAGGCCUUUGAGCAGAGGAUGAUGGUGAAAUAUUUAAAAAUGUAAAUAUAUGCGAGGGAAUGGUGAAGCUACUCCUUGCUGGAGCCCGCCCAUGUGCGCUUUUUAUGAUAUAUUUUUUUUCUUCACGUGUGCAACAACUUGUGUGUUUUUUUUUUUCCUCUUCCUGCAGCGUUGCCUUCACUGUCCUUCCUCGCACGCUCCAACACAGUCGGCUUCCUCUCUCUCUCUCUCUCUCUCUCUCUCUCUCUCUCUCUUUCCCUCCUCCUCUUUUUUUUUUCUUCCCUAUUUGUGAAAACGUCACUUGAAGGUCCCUCCCUGUUUGAAUCUCAUUAGUUUCUUGUGUGUUUCUCCCUGUCAAUAAUCCCGAAUCCAGACUCUCUCUAUUUCCAUCCCUCUCUAUCUGUCAAUCAGGGCCGCCUUUGAACUGAAAACCACUCCGACCAACUUCAACUCUCUCAAUCCGAGCGCCGCGGCUCCUUCUCCGGCUUUCCCUUUUUCCGCCAAGAGCCCCCUUUUUCCUUUUCGGGACUUUUUUUUUUUUUUGCGUGUGUGUAUGAGGGACCGCGAACGCCGCACGCUGUGUGAGUGUGUAUUUUUUUUUUUUUUUUUUUUUUAACCGGAGGGGGGGGAAACGCCAGCCGCCACGACACCCCCGAAGUCGCGGAAAGUGGGACUUUUUUUCGACGGCGAGGGGUCCAUUUUUCAAAGUAGGAAAAAGUUUCUCCUUUUGGAGGUCUUCCCCCCACCCCCACUACCGAGAGCAGCAGCAGCAGCGAGCUAGCCGCCUUCAGUGAAGCUCGUGGGGGGGGAGAGAAAAAAAAAAAGAAACACACGCACACGCCAGGGCGAGAAAAUGCCGCAACUUAACGGCGGUGGAGGCGACGACCUGGGCGCCAACGACGAGAUGAUCUCCUUUAAAGACGAAGGCGAGCAAGAGGAGAAAAUCUCGGAGAACUCGUCGGCCGAAAGGGAUUUAGCGGACGUCAAGUCGUCGCUCGUCAACGAGUCGGAAACAAAUCAGAACAGCUCGUCGGACUCGGAGGCGGAGAGACGGCCUCCGCCUCGGUCUGAAACUUUCAGAGACAAAACGCGAGAAAGUUUAGAGGAGGCAGCGAAAAGGCAAGAUGGAGGGCUGUUCAAGAGCCCACCGUACCCGGGCUAUCCGUUUAUUAUGAUCCCCGAUCUCACGAGCCCCUACCUUCCCAACGGAUCACUUUCUCCCACAGCACGCACAUACCUACAGAUGAAAUGGCCCCUGCUUGAUGUUCAACCAGGAGGUCUUCAGAGUAGACAAGCACUUAAAGAUGCCAGGUCCCCGUCACCGGCGCACAUCGUUGGGCCCUUCUGCUGGGAAUUCCCUGGACAGUCAGAUCUGAGCCUUCACCAAUUUCAUUUGUCGAAUAAGGUUCCAGUGGUUCAGCACCCUCACCACGUGCACCCCCUCACACCGCUGAUCACCUACAGCAAUGAGCACUUCACACCAGGGAACCCACCACCACACCUACAGACAGAUGUGGACCCCAAAACAGGAAUUCCGAGGCCUCCGCAUCCUCCAGAUAUUUCUCCUUAUUAUCCGCUGUCACCUGGCACUGUCGGCCAGAUCCCCCAUCCCCUAGGAUGGUUAGUACCACAGCAAGGUCAACCUGUUUAUCCAAUCACAACAGGGGGUUUUAGACACCCCUACCCAACUGCACUCACUGUCAACGCAUCCAUGUCAAGUCUUCUGUCCUCUAGAUUUCCCCCACACAUGGUGCCCCCCCACCACGGUUUGCACACCACGGGUAUCCCGCACCCGGCCAUCGUAACGCCCAACGUCAAGCAGGAAUCCUCCCACAGCGACAUCAGUUCCCUCAACAGUUCGAAACAGUCAGACGCUAAAAAGGAGGAGGAGAAGAAGAAGCAGGUGCACAUAAAGAAGCCGUUGAACGCUUUCAUGUUGUACAUGAAGGAAAUGCGAGCCAAGGUGGUGGCCGAAUGCACGCUGAAGGAGAGCGCCGCCAUCAACCAGAUUCUGGGCCGGAGGUGGCACGCGCUAUCGAGGGAGGAACAGGCCAAGUACUAUGAGCUGGCCAGGAAAGAACGACAGCUCCACAUGCAGUUGUACCCCGGCUGGUCGGCCCGAGACAACUAUGCGGCUAACCAACAGGGGAAAAGGAAGAAGAGAAAAAGGGAAAAGCAGCAAGCGGAGAGCAACGAACACAGAGAAUAUUUUCCAAACCCUUGCCUUUCACUCCCUCCGAUUACAGACCUGAGCGCUCCUAAGAAGUGUCGAGCGCGCUUUGGGCUCGAUCAACAGAAUAACUGGUGUGGCCCGUGCAGGAGGAAAAAAAAGUGCAUUCGCUACAUCCAAGGUGAAGGCAGCUGCGCCAGUCCUCCCUCCUCGGACGGAAGCUUCCCAGACUCCCCCCCGUCCUCGCCCUCCUCCGUGGUCCCGUCCCCCUCGCCAAAAGAGUCCAAACCUCAGACUGAACAAAUGCAACCUCUCUCACUGACUAUGAAACCCGCCCACCAGCCGCUCCUCCCUCACCCGCACCUCUUGUCCAGGCCGCCGGAACACGUGACGGCGGCGGCGGGCGGAAAAAGGCCGGCCCCGGAACCCGGCGACGUCCCGCCCUCGCGGCUGUCGGGCCCCUCGGCGGUGUCCCCCGCGGCGCGGCCCUCGCCGCUGCUGUGUCAUUCCCAUUCACUGCAGCCUCUGUCGCUUGUGACCAAGUCUAUAGAGUAGUCGUCGGACCUUUCGUUUUUUUUGUUUUUUUUUGUAGUCGCCACGUGCUGUUUUUCUGCUUUGAAGCUCAUUGGUCAAUAUUUGACCCGCCAAGGAGCCGUCGAAUUGUCCCAAACAAACAAUUGAAACCAGGAGCUGUGGUCUAGCUCGAUAAAAUGUUUUUGUUUUUCAUAAAUCCUUCUUGUUUUCUGCAAAAGUUGAUUGGAGGUUUUUUUUUUUUUUAUGGUCGCUGGAGAUGUUUUCAAAUUGUGUCCAAAAGGCUCGUACGGUCCAAUUUAGAAGUCAAGAAGCCGGCCGGGUCUUCCAGGUCCUGGUAAUCUGCGAAAGAUGAAUCAAAACAUCGUCACUCUUCUUGCUUGUCGAAGACGUGUUUUCACUCAGAAUCAUUUGGGCUUCUCGAGUCAAGAUAAAAACGUCUUCAACAGCCAAGAAUAUUCUUCUUUUCCGAACUUUUCUGGGUUCAGGGUUUAGGACUGAAGAAGCUUUACCGCGGGCCUCUCGGCCUCCGUUUAGAUGUUCAUCUUGUAUCCCAAAUUCUUCUUCGGUGAAAUUUGAAACCGAAGAGACAAAAUCAUCCGGGUCCUGGUCAUCCACAAAAGGACUCUGGACCCAACUGAAAUUGAACUUUGAUCCAAAAGGCUUCUUGAGUUCUAAAUCUGUCUGAAGAACGUCCAAAUGUUUUAACCGCGCAAAAUUGCAAUUUCCUCCAAAAGAAGUCUUCAUCAAAUUUAGAAUUGAAGGAAUCGGGUCGCCGCAAAUGUUGAAUUGACGCAACUGGACUCUUCUUGGUUCUAAAUUUUCAGUGAAGCGGUGUUUUAUUCAAAGGGUGACCAAGAAGAUUGCAGUUUCUGUGACCCGGAUUACUCUUAAUCUGCAGACUCUUCUCCCCCCCCCCCCCCUUUUUUUUUUUUUUUUUUUUCGUUAUUUUCGUUUGUUUUCUCCUUCAAGCGGACGCAACAAGCUGAAGGCUCGCGUUGGUUCUCCUUCUUUAUUUGUAUUAAAUACGAGCUUGCGAACCAAUCCCGCCCCCGCCCGCAACCCCUUCACACGGCGCACGAUAGCGAGAGGCUCGCGGCGACUGCGCGCCGAGGAACAACUUUGAAUUGUGAUGUUACUUGUUCUUGUUGAAAUGUACAGAAUAAAAGAAAAUUGGGGGUUCGGACGGUCGGGACGGGCUGGUCGGGUCGGGUCGGGGCUGUUGUUAAUUAUGCAUUCUUCCACUGCUUUUUCUUUGUUUACCUUUCGGGGAAGGUUGGGGGUGGGCGGGGGUUCAAGGGGUCGUUAGAUUGAAAAUGUCACCUCGCUAGGACCAGUAGUAUUUAUUGCUUUAGAGAUUUUGCUCGUUGUAUCUUGUACGUGUCUUUUUUGACCUUUGAGUUCCUUUUUUCUUAAAAAAAAAAAAAAAAAGUUGUACAAAUAUUUUUUUCUUAAGGUGUGUAAGUGUAUGCGCGUGCGUGUGUGUGUAAACACACACACACGCACAUGCACACCCACGCGCACACACGACCGAUCCAUUUUUACAAGGUUUUAAAAGGCAUAUUCCCCCCGCCCCAUCUUGUUUUCUAAAAAGCGCUCGUGUACCGUGUAGAUCUCACCAAGCCAACGUAUGCACAUAUUUCGAGAAACGCGUCGAUAAGCCAUUGUACGAAAAAAAGAAAAAAAAAACAAAACAGUGCGUCGAAAGCCCUUCCCUCCGCCAUUUUCACCCCUCAGACUGUUGAUCCGCCGUGUACAGAUUUUUCCGUGCCAAAUUUUCACCAUAAUCCCCCCCCCCCCUCCAGACCACGCUGUAAGGAUCCUCCUCCUCUUUUCUUUUCUUUUUUUUUUUCCAGUUGAGUUCAACGCCAUCCUUUUGCUGUGAUGUUACAUAGAUUGCUAUGUAUGUAGUAUAAAUGUUGCUAUAACAAAUGUGUUUGGUAGCAAAUUGUCAAAUAUUACAAAUUUAAACCUAAUAAUAAAAAUAAAAAAAAUGGCGGGCAUCAUACUGUAUAAAACCCACACGGGCCAAAUUCUGUAUAUUAGGAGGUUCAUAAAAAAAACUAUGAAAUGCAAAAAAAAAAAAAAUAAAAAACAUACACAAACUGCCACUUUGAAGUACACUACUACAUAUAGGUAGGUAGGAAAAAAUAGGCAUGUUGAUGUUGCAAGAGGUUGUAAAAUAUGAAGAAAAAAAAAAAAAAAACCAAGCUACAAAGAGAAAUCAUCCACUCGGUGCCAUUGUAGUUGACAUGACGUCUAUUUCUUCUCUGGUUUAUUAAGAUGCUAAUGAUAAAUAGUUUGAAUGUUUCCUUAACGGCUGUGAUGUUCCUGUUCUCUUUUAUGCUCUUAUCUUUUCUUUUUCUUUUCUUUGUUUGUCCGUUUGUUUCCUUCCCGUUACUUUCAAUGGUUCCCCGAAACCACGUUUUUUGUAAUGAAUCAAUGUUAAUGCUGUACAGUCUCUGUAGCAUGCAGUUCUGUAUUAAUAAAAGAAACUUAGUAUGUG